GUUGUCGUCGCAUCAUUGAAUCGUUGUCGCUUCUCUGCAUCUCAUCCACGCUGUUUCCUUCAACACACUGCGUGUUUUCCUUUGACUUGUUUAUGAGCUUGCGUCGAGCCGUUUUCUUCUCUAGUUAAUUUAUUUGUAAUUGAUUUAACAAGCGAACUUCUGGGAUUACGGGAACUCUUUCAAGUGCUGCGUGUAGGAAAGACUUUACUACGCAAACGGUACUAAACAGACGUUUGAUAUCAAGCUGACGUCAUCAUCGUUUCUCAGAUCGUUAUUAAGCUGACACCCUCGAGCAGGGGGAUUUACAUGGGUCAUCACACAUCUACCUAAACACAAUUUUUACAGUCUUUCUGAUUUAAUUCCAAAAACUCCCCAAAUUUCCAGAGAGUCAUGAGCUCAAACAGGAAACCUGCCCGGGUUCGGAAAGAUUCCGACUCCGGUUCUUCUUCGGGUCGUGAGCAGCCCGCACCGGGCAUGGAUGAGGGCACCGGUCUCCUUACCAAGCUGAUGGAGCUGCCGGUAUCCCGACUGUCACGGCAGCAGCUGAAAAGGUUAGAGGAUCAUAAAUACAGCAGUGCCGGUCAAUCUUUUCUGGAGUCUCUCAUGCAGGGAUACUGGUGCUGGCUAGUGAACAAAGUGCCUCUGUGGAUGGCCCCAAAUCUCAUAACUAUAGUGGGACUUGCUACCAACGUCCUCACCAUUUUGAUACUGGUGUAUUACUGCCCUACCGCCACCGAACAGGCACCUACGUGGGCAUACUUAGCCUGUGCUCUGGGUCUGUUCAUCUACCAAUCAUUAGAUGCCAUAGAUGGGAAGCAGGCCCGACGGACCAAUAGCAGCACUGCUCUUGGCGAGCUUUUUGACCAUGGCUGUGACUCCCUUUCGACAGUGUUUGUGGUUCUGGGCACAUGUAUAGCAGUGCAGAUGGGUACUCACCCCGACUGGAUGUUUUUCUGCUGUUUUGCGGGCAUCUUCAUGUUUUAUUGUGCCCACUGGCAGACGUAUGUUUCUGGAACGCUGCGCUUUGGCAUAAUUGACGUGACCGAGGUUCAAAUCUUCUUUAUAAUGUUGUACUUACUGGCUGCCGUUGGAGGGACAGAUUUUUGGGAGUUUGUGGUCCCUGUGAUAAAUAUCCAGAUGAAAAUAAUCCCUGCUCUUCUCACCUUGGCGGGGGCCGUUUUCUCCUGCACAAACUACUUCCAUGUUAUAUUCACAGGUGGAAUGGGCAAAAACGGAUCCACUAUUGCAGGAACAAGCGUACUCUCUCCAUCUUUCCAUAUAGGAGUGAUCAUCACUCUCGCUCUUAUGAUCUAUAAGAAGUCUUCAGAGCAGCUCUUUGAGAAACAUCCCUGCCUGUACGUCUUGGCAUUCGGGUGUGUCUCAGCCAAACUCACCAACAGACUUGUGGUCGCUCAUAUGACCAAAAGUGAAAUGCAGCGUAAUGAUUUGGCCUUCGUUGGACCAGCACUGCUGUUUCUGAAUCAAUACUUCAACAGUUUUAUUAAUGAGUACUGUCUGCUGUGGGUCGCUUUGGCGCUGUCAGUGUUUGAUCUGGUGCGGUACUGUGUGAGUGUAUGUAACCAGAUCGCCGCACACUUAAACAUCUGUGUCUUCACCAUCCGACCUCCAUCCUCAGCUCUGACAGACAGCAGUAAUCACCAUUAACCUCACUUCAGUAGGUCACGCACUUAUGUGAAUGUAAAACACGAGCCAGGUGGAGCCUGAAUGGCUGCAGUUACAAUACGAGUCAUAAAAAUUGAGGUUUUUGGGAUUGAAGAACAUAUGAAGGCAGAAAGGGAAUUGUUACGAGUAUAUUAUUUCAUCUGUAGUUCUUCCUAUUGGGAUUUUAUUGCCUAGUUUUGUCUCCGUGGUUUGUGAGGAUGCGUGCAACUGUAAAAAGAUUUACGUUACAGUUUUAAUGUAUGUUUUUAAAUGGACCAAGUGUUUUCUUCUUUCUGUUUAAUUUAUUCUUUCAAACAGCUAACACGACAGUGUGUUAAGACAUCAUUUCAUCACGGUAUAAUGUAGGUGUUAAUUGAUCUUUAUUUAUCGUUUUACACGGUUACAUAAAGUCUUGCCAGUACAAAGCAGUGUUGUUGUCCGAAUUAAAAAACGAACCGACGUCAGACAAAUGAGAGAUAACAUCCAAACACAAUUUUAACACGAGGAAAUCUUAUGACAAGCAGAUCAGCUAGAAGAGUUUCCAUCAUAAUGUCAGAAGUGCAAAUCGUAAAUGAUACAAAUCUAAUUCAUAAGCUACUUCAGAGUCAGUAUACAUCUAUACAGUAUAAACCUAUCAGUUUUCUCACUAUGCAUAUGUAGCUUCUAGUGUUUUGUAGGGAAUUAUAAUUGUUUAACUAUGUCUAUGUAACACGAUGAGAAAAACGUAUAAGAAAAGUAUUUCGAAAGUGCUUUUCGUAAUAAUAACUGGGGAAGUCAAAAAUACUUAGUUGGGUGUUUAAAGUUGACAAUGUACAUAAUAUGAUUCACUUAAUUACAGAUAACAAACCUAAAAAUCAGUAUUUUAAGAUCAAUAAUCACGAUAUCAUGUGCUAAUUUAUUUCUGUGCCUGUUGGUAAAUUUCUCUAUGCACAGUAAAAGUCGAAGUUUCAAUUUGCGUUUUGUUUGGAAAUGUAUUCUGUUUAUAGCAUCGUAAUUGACAAAGAUGCAAUUUCUCACUCCUGUAUGUUGCGUUAAAGUAAUCGAUUUUGUAAACUUACAUUAAUCGCAACAAUGAUUUCAUUUUAAGGUUGCAUAACGAUUAAUCGCAACUAAUCGUUUGCAGAAUAAACGUUUUUGUUUACAUCAUAUGUGUGUGUGUACCAUGUAUAAUAAUUAUGUAUAAUACACACACAUGCAUGCAUAUAUUUAAGAAAUAUUUACAUGUGUGUAUAUUAAUAUUUAUAUAUAAUUUAUAUUAUAUAUAAAUACAAAUACUUUUUAUAUAAAUAUUUUUUCUUAAAAUUAUACAUGCAUGUGUGUGUAUUUAUAUAUACAUAAUUAUUAUACACCGUACAAACAUAUAUAUGAAGUAAAAAAAAAUAUUUUGCAAACGAUUAGUUGCGAUUAAUCAUUAUGCAGCUCAAUUUCAUUUAUUGGUAACACUUUACAAAAAGGUUGUUUGUUAACAUUUGUAAAGUAAUUGGCUAGCGUUAAGUUAUGAUAAACAAUAUAUUUUCCAUCAUUUAUUAAUGUUUGUUAAUGCCAAGUUCAUUAUGUUAGUUCAUUGUCGUUAGGGAUGCUAAACAAUUAAUCGCGAUUAAUCGUUAGCAGAAUAAAAGUUUUUGUUUACAUCACAUUUGUGUGUAAACUGUGUAUAAUAAAUAUGUAUAUAUAUAUAAAUAUGAACACAUUCAUGUAUAAUUUUAAGAUUUUUUUUAUAUAUUAAGUAUUUAUAUAUAAUAUAAAUUAUACAUAAAUAUACCAAUGUAUAUACACAUGUAAACAUUUCUAAAACUUAUACAUGCAUGUGUGUACAUUUAUUUAUACAAAGUUGUUAUACACAGUUCACACACAUAUAUGAUGUAAACAAAAACUUUUAUUCUGCUAACGAUUAAUCGCGAUUAAUCGUUAAGCAUCCCUAAUGUUUAAAAAUGUAUUAGUUAAUGCUGAAAUUAUAAUAAAUGAUGUAGAAGUAUUGCUCAUUGUCAGUUCAUGUUCGCUAAUGCUUUAACAAAUGUUAACAAAGUUAAAUGUUACCCAUUUGUUCAUUUUCUCUACCUUCGUAUUCACUUUUUUUUAUAAAAACUGUGCUGUUUAAAAAGAUUAAUAUUGCAGAUCAGUCAAGGUUAACCGCACAGUUACGCAUUGUGUGCUUCCAAGGGUACUUUGUUUUCUAUGGGUUUGUGAAACUCUUUACUGGAAAUGUUUUGUGAAUGUUAUUUAAGUAUUUUUUUUUGUUUUGUUGUUGUUGUAACGCCAUCCGAUCACUCUAGGCUAACCAAAGCAGCAAUACACACACACACACACACACACACACACAGUUAAAAGGAUGCAAACGAUGUCUUUCAGUUGUACUUUUGUUGUAAUGUUGAUUUACUGCAGACAACUUUUUAAUUGACUAAUGGAUUGAAAUAAAGAUUGUUAUAUUUAUGGUAACAGAC